AUGGCCCGAAGAAGGAAGUUUGCCGCCCUGGUUGCAGAACCAUCCCAAUCUAUAGUUCAAGUACUAUUCCAACUGUACCACAACAUGCCGGAAUUCAUGCCGAUAUUCAUGUCUUCGGAGGUCCUGAGCGCUCUCGCCAGUGUUCUCUUUCUUCCGAUAACCAAUAGUGACAGCAUAGAUAGCAGCGGUGCCUCUACUCCAGCGGGAGACGAAGUGGAUCCUCUGAUGAUGAUGGCGCGUGCUGCGGAUGAGCAAAACUUGAUCAACCAUCCAGUUAGGCAGUUCAUCAUAGACUUUAUCAGAGUUAUUGUCGUUGAUUCACUCAGUUUGCCACUGACUGGAAAGAAUUCGCCUGUCAUCGAUUUGGUUUUGGAUGCGUAUCCUGAAAAUUCGAGCAACAGUCAGCAAAUCACGUACCAAACAGAGCUACCAGUUAUCAUAGCAAAGAGUACUAUAAACGCCAACCAACUAAGAAAGCACUUGGGAGUAAGUGGAAUGAUGGAACCGGAAAGAUCUGAUAGUGUUGUAGAAGAACCGUCUCCUCUGCCUUUUGCCCCAGCUCUCUCCCAGUUGGCUAGGCUGAGGUCAGAUCCCGAUGAUCUACAGGAGGAAGCCGACGGCGAAGAGGAAUCUUCGUCUCAACCGGACAAUCAGACUUUAAUGAGGUUGUUGGAAGCAAAUGAAAAGAUUACAUAUAUGUUCAGAUGUGCGAGGAUUCAGGGGUUAGAUACUACGGAAGGUCUUCUAUUGUUCGGCCAAGAACAUUGCUACGUUGUGGACGGGUUUACCCUACUGAAAAACCGAGAAAUUAGAGAUAUCGAGAGCGUACCACAUAACACCAAUGAAUACGAACCGAUUUUGCCAAAUCCUGGAUCUCCUCGAAGAUCCAGAGCCAUGAGGCAGUGUUCCAAGUUUUCAUACGACGAUAUAAGGGAAGUGCACAAAAGAAGAUACCUGCUCCUACCGAUGGCUUUAGAAGUGUUUUCUGGCGACGGCAGGAACUACCUGUUGGCUUUUCCGCGCAAAAUUCGCAACAAAGUCUACCAAAGGUUCAUGGCGACGGCCACUGGCAUAGCUGAUAGCGCCCAGCAAUCUGUGGCUGGUCAGAAAAGGACGGCGAACGUUGAACAGGCGACAGGGUUGUUGAGCAACCUCAUCGGUGAGACCAGCGUUACUCAGAGAUGGGUGGAAUGGGACGACCCUCACGGCGAAACGCCUCCCUAUCACUACGGUACUCACUACUCGAGCGCGAUGAUUGUCUGCUCUUAUUUGGUACGCUUAGAACCAUUCACCCAGCAUUUCUUGAGGCUCCAAGGUGGCCACUUCGACUUAGCUGAUCGCAUGUUCCACUCCGUCAAAGAAGCCUGGCUGUCGGCUUCCAAGCAUAACAUGGCCGACGUCAAAGAACUCAUCCCCGAAUUCUUUUACCUCGACGAGUACCUUUGUAAUUCGAAUCAGUUCGAUUUGGGGGUGAAACAGAAUGGUGUGAGUCUUGGCAACGUCGUACUGCCCCCUUGGGCGAAGCAAGAUACCAGAGAGUUCAUUAGAGUGCAUAGACAAGCGUUGGAGUGCGAUUUCGUGUCACAGAAUCUUCACCACUGGAUCGAUUUGAUUUUUGGGUAUAAACAACAAGGCCAACCCGCCGUGGAUGCCGUUAAUGUGUUUCAUCAUCUCUUCUACGAAGGAAACGUGGACAUAGAUAACAUCGACGAUCCUUUGAAGAAAAACGCUACUAUAGGAUUUAUCAAUAAUUUUGGUCAAAUUCCCAAGCAGUUGUUUAAGAAACCACAUCCUUGCAAGAAAAUGGCCGGUUCUAAUAAUAGGACGUCCGUCAUCGAUACGGGAUCUCUGGUGCAAGCGUUUUCUCUUCCACAACCUGAGAAGUUGUUCUUCCACCAUCUCGAUAACUUAAGGCCAUCCCUACAACCCAUCAAAGGCAACUAUGAGAGCGAUAAGGCUGUGUUUGUAUCGGAAAGUGUCGUGCAGAACAACGGAGAGAUCCUGGCAUGCGUGUGUCCGAGUCCCAAGUCCAUUGUCACUGCUGGUACAAGCUCGGUGGUCACUGUGUGGGAGUAUGAAGCUCGUAAAAAAUCUCUGACAAUAAAACACAGCCUGUACGGCCACACAGACGCCAUCACUUGCUUAGCUGCGAGUCCAGCGUACAACGUCAUUAUUUCCGGUUCAAGAGACUGCACUGCGAUCAUCUGGGAUCUGUCUAGAGGCGUUUUCGUACGACAGCUCAGAGGCCACGCUGGUCCUGUCGCUGCGGUGGCUGUCAAUGAUCUUACAGGAGAUAUAGCUACUUGUGCUGCCACCUGGUAA